AUGGCUGUUGGGAUGGUUGCUAAUGAAGUGGUGGCUGCUGAUAUGGUGGCUGCUGAGAUGGUGGCUGCUGGCAUGGUUGCUGCUGAAGUGGUGGCUGCUGAUAUGGUGGCUGCUGAGUUGGUGGAUGCUGAGAUGGUGGCUGCUGAGAUGGUGGCUGCCGAGAUGGUGUCUGCUGGUCUCCCCUGCGACCACUCCUCCUUUGCCGCCGCACUUCCAUCCUUGCCAUUCUGGCUCGUUGUGCCGCACCCGUCCGGCUCCGUAACCCAUCCCCGCCCUCUGGCUCCCUUGCACGCUGGUCGGCUCCCCGUCCGCCACGGGUCUGCUGCACACGGGCCUCUUCGACCCCAAAGAGAUGACGAUGUGCGAGAAAAGAUAGGCACGUUGAGAAAACAGAAGGUGAAUGGUGUGCUUAAGAAUGUGCAUGUGACAAUGGAAGCGAUAUGGAGAUAA